AUUAGGGUUAGGACCUAUGCCUAUGACUGAAACUGACGUUUGGUAUUUAUGUAGGAUGCGAAAGACUUCAGACAUAUAAAUAAUGACAUGAAAUAUUCAACACAGUAUCAGUAAUACCUUUCAUUCAACAUCGAAAUGGAAGUGGAUUUAUUUAGACCUGGCACUGUUCCUAUAUCAUCAGAAACUAUAUUAUGGUUCGAGUUUUUGUUGGAUCAAGAUUUGUUAUUGAGACAUUUAGAAAAACCCACUGCAGAUCCACCACCUUCCGAAUUGAUAACUAAAUUUUAUGAUGUUAUAUCUGAAACUCUGAGAAUCAACCCUGAUAAUGAAAAUGGAGAAAUAAUUAAUGUUGAUACCAAUGUAGGGAAGUCUAAGUCUCCAGCGAGGACCGUAGCUUUGAAAAUUUUAUCCUUGAAAGUGGGAGCUUAUCUGAAAUGGAAUCUAGUCCAAAUAAGAAAGUUGCCGUUCAAAACUCAGAUCAAUCUGCUUCAAGAUCUAAUGUACUUCACCAAUGACAAGAAGACUGUAGAGAUACCCAAUGUUGAGGAUGAAGAUGUUAAAACAGCUUCACCACCUUACUUAUUUGCUUUAUUGUUGUUUCACCGUUGGCUGCUAAACACUUCAAUGCACAGGAUAACAUCCAAUUGGCAAAUUAGAUAUGGAAUCAACGACAUAUCGCCUGCUGAUGAAUCCAUCAUUUGUUGUCCGGAAAACAUCAACAAAACGGUCAACUUUCUCACGGAUUCCCUAGACUGGGACAUCGUUCCGAGUUUAUUGACAUUUGACUGUUUCAAACUCCCCACAGAGAACAAUGAUUGCAUAGAAUUCGACUGGUCCAAAAGUCAGGAACUGUCUAAAAACGAGUUCAAUGCCCAGAUCAACUACGAUCUUGGCGUGUUCUUUUUCUAUCGAGAACAGUACGAUCUGGCAAAAAAGCAUUUCUCCAAGUGUCUGGAACUGUUCAGUGAUAUACCAGAAAUCAAUGGAUUCUAUGACCUUGAUAAGAAUAUGCUUGAUGUGUACAUCAAAGCUUGCCACGGGUCUGCCGAUAUACAGCAAGGGAGUCUUCUGGAACAGCUGAAUUCCUCCAUUGUGAACCAGUAUAUGCUGGUAUGGUUCCUCCAAGAUUUUGGGUACGUCAUCUUGGCCAAAUCGAAGGAGCAACUUUUGAAUAAAAAUUUCAACUUGUCUCUGGAGUUUUUGAUCAUUUUGGAAAAGGAGUUACAGACUGUCAACAUGAAUGUCACGAAACUAUUCAAACUGGUCAGUUGGGAAAUUCUGCUCGUUCAAAUCACCCAACUUUUGGACCAGUGGCCGAAACACACUGUUGAUAGAAACGCCCUGGCUGACGCCUGCGAGGUUUGUCUGCAGACUACCGACUCUGUGAUUCCCAGAACCGAAGUUGUCGAACAGUGCGCCAUUUGCCUACUAAAUUUGGCUCGUUGGGACUUCCUGAUCAACCUCGAGAAGAGAUGGACCACUUUUGAGAUAACUUCCGCCAUCGCGCUUGCUUGCCAAGAAAUUUUGAAGCAAAAAGGAAGUAAGAAGUUGUCGAAGAAUCUCUGGGAAAUAGUGUUGCCUGUUUUUCUUUCGAAUCCCCAGUCGAAACGAAACACUUCAAGUUACGACAUGUCCAAUUUGAAGAGCAAUUUGCUGUCGGUGUUCUUCAAAUUGAAGGAUUCGUGGUGUUUGUCAGUGGUGAUUUCUCUCCUUACCAAAAUGUUCAACGUCCUCAAGGACGAAUGUAGUCUAGAGCUGCAGGUCGAUUACACCAACCUUUGGCCUGCAGUUGUGAGCAACGCCAAUUCAUACAGCUCAGAGUCUGUGUGUGAGUUGUUGUCAGAAAUAGUGACGCGGGCUCUCAAAGAUUAUCCCACGAAUGUACCUUGGCUUCGACUCAUGGGGGACAUCAAUUUUGCGAAUGGACACUACAGGGUGUCCCUCAGCUUCUACCUCAAGUCUCUGCUGAUAUCACACGACUACUUCAACAUCCCCAUCCACAACGACGACCACGUCUUCAGGAGGAUGAUAAAAUGCUGCACGACGCUCGGGUGUCACACACAAGCUGCUGUCCUUUGCCAGUUUCUCGAAGAAACAGACUAUCUGUUGGCGUUUCGUAUACUGGCCGAUCAGAAAACCAGCAGUGACGCUGUCGACGCCUACUACCACUGCUUCUGGGACCCGAGUAUCUUGGAGUAUCUCAUCCACACGCACCACAAGAAGGGGGAGUAUCAGAGACGGAAGAGCGCCAUUCAGGUAAUUGGAUUAUUGGAGCUGAAUUCAAGUAACAAUGAGGAGAUUCAGAGAGAGGCCAGCAAUUUGAGAAAGAGCACCUUUUUGCGAGCGCUGUGUAAACAGUAUGUGUUUUAAGUUGUGGACUGAAUAAAAUGUAUUUUUUAUGAAUAUAGUGAUGUAAAUUAUUUUUGUUAUUAAAACUAGUACAUUUCUUGCA